AGAUUUCAUUACUUUACGCAAAGUGCAAGUAUUACGAUACAAGCGUGAUAUUAAUUGGUCGUAUUGGAUAGCCAAUAAGGUGGGAAAAUAAUACCAAAGUUUACCCAGGAAGGAUAGCUUGGACUUCUCAAACACUUCGAGAGAAAAUUUGCUUAAGAAUAAUGUCAAAAUGUCUCGUGAAAUUUCAGGUUGUGCCCUAUACGUCAUCCUUUUUUUCAGUUAAAUUAUAUACUGAUGCACGGGCGUGACGAUAUCGAAGUCAAAACCGGAAUCAAACAUUGAAAAAAAAAGCGACUCGAUGAAGUGAAAACUAGCCCUCUGUAUUUCCGUAUUCUGGAUUAAUCUACGAGAAAGACGUUGAGUUUCAAGAGACCAGCCGGAUGUUUCAAGAAAUAAGAGAGCAGGAACUCGAAGGUGAUAUUAUACAACUUACAUAAAGUGUCAGUCAAUCAUUUUACUCUUAUAGGUAGCAAGAAGGAACAGCAAAGCUUUACAAUAAUAUCUACUUUUACUACAACAAGAAAAUAUCGAAUGUAAUUGAAAAUAAAUGCAGGAAUACACAAAUUCUUUUGGCUAUCGAUUUCAGCAAAGGGCAAAUAUCGUUAGGACAUUUCUAGUUGCAUGUUAUGGUAAGAUUUUAUACUAAAAGUACCCUGGGAAAGUAAUAUAAGCGCUCUUGAUUACUAUAUAUGCAUGAGGAUUCUGCUUCAUUCAUAAGGAUUAUGCUUAAGGUCUUAUGCUUUUUUUGGAAAUUUUAAGAUGGAAUACAUGAUGUACGGUUUUCAUAAGUCAUACAUAUAUUUGUGUACAACAGAUUUUCCAUACGUAUUUGAUUGAAAUUUUUAAAAUAAUGCCAUUUAUAAUAUGGUGUCAUAAAUCGUGUUAAUAUAAUAGACUCAAUUGAAUAGCUGAUUAUCUUUGUAAAAGUAGCUUUUUGCGAAGGGUCAAAGUCAAAUUGCACUUAAAUUAUAACAGGGUCAUUGUGUGGCUGUAAUGUUAUCGUUACGUAGAGAGAUGUUUUCAACCAUUUCAGACCAUUAAAAACAUCAUCUUCAAUCAUUUCUAUCUUUAUUAGAGAGACUAUAUAGUUCAGAGAAACGCAAAGCGAAUUUUCAAUUAUUAGAAAACGAGUCAAUAAGACAGUACUGAGACGAGACAAUACUGAAAUGAAAUCCUGGAAGCCAUGAACGACAGACGAGUCGAACAACAACGUUAAGUGUUUAUUAGGGUCAAAUUCAUCGGCUUUGGAAACUGUACAAUUUAGAUGAAUCGCAUCACGGUUGAUCGCGCUACCUAGUUGGUAUCUAAGGAACCUUCGCAAGGAAUCGUAAAUCACCGUUAUUUCAAGGGAGAUUAGGGGCCACAUAUUUGCGAUAGCAGGACGUGGUACACCAAGAUUAUGUCUAAACUACCUGAUUUAUUGUCAAAUCCAAACUUCAAAAUGAUGGUGGUAUAGGAUCUUGUGGUGAAUCAACUGCAGAUGUCAGAAAUUAUGCCUGGUUUCCAUAAAGUCGUAUUAAAGUGUCGUUAACAUGUCAAGGAGGCUAAUGUGAUCGAAUAUUUCUAUUUGUGCGCACUCAACAAUGAUCGGUUUGAAUACAGAAAUAAAGACAAAUUUACAACCGGACUAUUUCUCAUCGGUGUGAAAGACUCGUUCACGAGUAAAACGAGGCUUAUCAUGAAUAACAACAGGCGAAAACCAUUGGCAUACGCAUCAAGAUGUUUCAACACUUUAAUUCACCGGAAAUAAUAACACAAUGUACUUCCGAUAGUUUAAAUUGAUAACUGUGCUUCUACAUAUGAACUGUUUGUAAAAUGUCUGCAUGAAGCACGGCGAGGCUUUAAUAAAUUUCUCGUUAUCGUCAAACUGAAUGUUGCAGAAGUGUUGCAAAAUGGUUCCAAAAAUCCCCAGAGACUUUAGCUCGCGCAAAAUGUCACGGAAUCCUGGAAACUACAACAAUGGCUGUAGCGAAGGAAAGUUUUACAUAUGAAAACAAUGGAGAACUCUGCUAAGUUGAAGAGAAGUAAAAACAGUAUAAAUAUUUUAACACUACCAUGGCGAGAUGUUAUAUUUCCACACAUAUUUUGCCACCUUCCUCUGUCCGAUAUAUCCAGAAUUCGCCGAGCAAGUAAAAGAUUUAAUGAGCUGUGUUUGAGCUACUUUCAGUACUGCACGGUUCUCGAUUGCUUCCCUGUUUCAAAGAAACUGACGGAGCAUGCAUUUGUUGAAAUAACCAAGAAAUCAUCCUGUUUGAAAGAACUAAGCUUAGAAAGCUGCAAGACGUUUAAAGACUCGUCAUUGACGGUCCUUUUGGAAAGAAAUCCCAAUCUAAUGUCAUUGAAUAUUAACGGAUGCAACAGUUUAUCGAAUGAAAGCUUGCUUGCAGUAGCGAGAUAUUGUUCACAUUUGACUCAUGUUUACUUGAGAGAAUGCAGAUGGGUGUCAUCUAAGAGCCUUGUAACAAUUGCCAAAUCCUGUAAAUUAUUGAAUAUUAUUGAUCUAAGUGGUUGCUGGGAAGUCGAUGAUGAAUGUCUGAUUGCUUUGGUGAUGUCAUGUCCAAAAAUAGCUCGCCUAUAUGUCAAUGGCUGUUAUGGGAUAACUGAUACGUCACUUCACGUUUUGAGUCGUCAGCUUGCGGAGCUAACAAGAUUAGAGCUUGAUGGUUGUUGGAGGGUCACAAAUCGUGCGAUAAAAAUGGUUGGGGAAUACUGUAGGAAGUUGAAAUAUCUUCAUGUUAAGGAUUGCCGUGACAUCUCCGAGGUCAGCCUGGCCAGAUUGCGGGUGAAGGGUGUGGAGAUUAACACAAAACAGGAGGUACCAUCAUCACAAAUCCUUAGACAGUAUUUUAACAAACCAUCAAUGCACAUGACACCCCUUCGAUUUGAUCCCACAUAGAGAUGGUAUGUCAGAAAGUAUAAUCAGGGCAGUUCAUCGGAAGAGGUUAAGUAAAUCAGUCAUUUACAAUUUUCGAGUACAAUUUUAGCU